GGGAUCGUGGAUAGGGUGGGUCUCCAGUUCGCAGCAACCUCCACGCGGUGAGACCUGGAAAAUCAUUAUUAUUUACUAUAUUAUUCAUAAUCGUAUCCUUGAUACAAUUAUAAAUUUUAUAGCAAAUAAGAUGAGCUAAUUGGCUGCGCACGCGAUUUCAAUGAUUAUUUUUUUAUUUUGAUAUUCGUUAGAUUAUUAGUUAAGAUUUAUUGAAUUAUUAAUAAUGAUCAAAAGUUUGAACGUUUUGUAAACAUACAUCGAAAGAAGAAUUUAUUUAUGAAUUUUUAUUUAUGUCGGAAUUACUUAUGUUAAUAAUUUUUUCUGUCUUUUCUGUGAGAUUUUUUUUAUGAAAUAAUAAAGAGAUAAUAAAAUGUAGAUGAUCUCAUUUAAUUUAAUUGAUUCUGAUUUUCAUGCAAUCGAUAUUUAAUAAGGAAAAGAAGAGAGAUGUUAGAAUAAAACAGAAAAGGGAGAAGAUGGAAAGCAGAAAAAGAAAGCGAAUCGAAAAAAAAAUGGAAGGGACCAAAAAAAGAAGCGAUGACUCAUGAAGAAGUGAAAGGCAUCCCUCUCCUCUGAGAAUUCUGAAUCUGAAGCGAUGGGGAUUUCACAGGAUUCAUCGAUAUCAACGAUUUUCGUUCGUUAGUUUGGAUCUGUCGGCCGAUUGGAUCGAUUCGUUUAUCGUGUUGUAAACACUGUGAUCGUAAUAAAGCUGAGGAAUUAUCAUUUUUUUUUUCGAGAAAAAUUUUCCUUGAGUUGUUAAUAAAGAAAUUUCUAUUACGAAUAUUUAGAAAGAAUAAAUAAGUUUAUGUGAAAGUAUAUUUGAUUCGUUAAUUUUCUUCAAAAUAUUAAGAGUUCGAUGAAGAAAUUUGAAGUGAAUAUUUUUUUACAAUUAAAAUGAACUUUUUGUGAAUUGUUUUAGUGAUAUUAGUUUCUUUUUCUUUUUAAUGAUCGAAGGAAUUAUUUGUUAAUUAUAAUAGAAGUUUUGAGGAAGAUUAAAAAAAAAUGGAAAAUGAAGAUAGCUGUAUGGAAAAAGACUGUUUAGUUGAAAGAAGAAGAGCGACUACAUUGGAAGAAUGUUCUCAUAUAAUUGGGGUGAAUGGCGUGGCUCGUUACAACAGAGAAGCGUUUAAACAACUUUUACAAGAUUCGACAUUGAUGGAAAAGUUAUUCUCGUUAUUCGAUCGAAAUGGAGACAAAAUAUUAACGCAAGAUGAAUGGAUCGAAUUUUUAAAGGGAAGAUUGAAAAAUGAAAAAUCAAAUGAUCUCAUCAUUCAAUUCGAGAAUGUUGCAUAUUCCAUAUGCUGUGAUAAUCCAGUAACUUUUGAGAAAUUUCAACAAAUAUUUUCUACCAAAGAGAUUGUAGAUAAAUUAUUUCGACGAAUCGAUGAAGAAAAUUUGGGAUACAUCACAUCCUUUCAAAUCAUGGAAUUUCUUUCGAACAUCAGCGAUACAAGGCCGCUCGCUGGAUUCGACAAGCGAAGUCUGGAAUGGUUGGAAAAGAUCUUCAAACAGACGGUGGGCAACGAGAAGGAAAUUAGGCGCGAAGAAUUCAACAAAAUCGUCACUUCGAAGAACCCGUUCUUCACCGACAGAGUGUUCCAAAUUUUCGACAAGGAUAAUUCUGGAACUAUAUCUCUCCAGGAGUUCGUCGAUGCUAUGCAUCAGUUUGCAGGGAAAAGCCCUGACGACAAGAUAAAAUUCCUGUUCAAGGUUUACGAUAUUGAUGGCGAUGGAUUGAUACAACUUCGCGAGUUGGAACACGUGAUGAGAGCUUGUUUGGAGGAAAAUGGAAUACGAUUUAGCGAGGAACAAAUCGAGGAAUUAACCAUGGCUUUGUUCGACGAUGCUGAUCAGUCUAAUCGAGGCGCCAUUACUUUCGAAGCUUUGAAGAAACAAUUAGAGAAACACGAAGGACUUUUAGAGAAUCUUUCAAUCAGUAUCGAUCGAUGGCUAGUACCACCAAAACCAGAAUCGAAGAGAAAAUCACGUUUGCAAUUCCUCGCUUCGUUGCAUCCUUAUCAAUUGACGAAGCCAUACAUGAAGAACAAUUACGUUUACAUCGUUUUCAUCUCGAUCUUUAUCCUGAUCAAUGUGUCUUUAUUCGUGUCGAGACUCUACGAGUACAGAAAGUCCAAUGGUUAUGUUAUGCUUGCUCGUGCCUGUGGCCAGUGCUUGAAUUUCAACUGCAGCUUCAUCCUGGUUCUUAUGUUGCGUCAGUGCAUCACCUUUCUACGAACUCACGGUUUCAAUUCUGUAUUGCCAUUGGAUCAACAUAUUUAUCUGCACAAAGUGACUGGAGGUUUAAUCUGUGUCUUCAGCAUAACUCACACGUUGAUGCAUCUUCUUAAUUUUGGUACUAUUGUUGUCUAUGACAAAAUUCUUAAUCACAAUAAUUAUACAUUAUCCGAGUGGUUAUUGACGAGUCGACCUGCUCUGUUUGGUCUCGUAGGAGGCUAUGCAAAUCCAACUGGAUUCAUUCUUAUCAUCCUUUUUCUCGUAAUAAUGAUAUGUUCGAUGCCGUUUGUUCGACGUGGUGGAUGUUUCGAGGUAUUUUACUGGUCACAUUUGUUGUACAUACCAUACUGGAUAUUAGUCAUAUUACAUGCACCGAAUUUUUGGAAAUGGUUCAUAGGACCAGGCUCAAUAUAUUUAUUGGAAAGAAUACGUAGAAUUGCCUGGUCUCGUUCACAAUUAGGAAAAACGUACAUAAGCUCAGGUCUUCUUCUACCAUCGAAAGUCACGCAUUUGGUUAUCAAGAGGCCUCCACAUUUCGUUUUUCAUCCUGGUGAUUACGUCUUCGUGAAUAUUCCUGUCAUAGCUCGUUACGAAUGGCAUCCAUUCACUAUUAGCAGCGCUCCAGAACAAGAAGAUUAUAUAUGGCUUCACAUUCGAGCAGUGGGUGAGUGGACCAAUAGUCUUUACUCAUACUUUGAAAAGGAGCAGAUGAAACUUCAAAGGGAUAAUAUAUUUCCAAUUGAGAAUCGCAGUAAUCCAAAUGUUUCUGAAUCAGUGUCCAUGAAUGGAAAAGUGAAUGAGAAAUUUCUUUCACUCAUUCCAAGUAGGAAUCAUCGUAGUUUUGAUAAUCCUGUGUUUGUUUCUGAUGAUGAAAAAAUACAAUCGCCUCAGUCUGCAAUUGGUAUAACGGAUGUUAAAAAAAUAUCAAAUAACCGGAAGCUUCAUUCAUUGCUCGUUAGCAAGAUGCCUUUGGAGAAAUCUGUAUCUGUACCUGACAUGCUACCAGAGAAAAAGAAAAAUGAUCGAUUAAUUGCACUUCGUGAUUAUACAAGAUCAGAAUCAGAGAGAAAUUUCAACGAACGUCAGAUACGCGAUGCACGUUUGAAAUCUUUAAACGAGGUCUAUUCAAGUCCUCAGAAUAAAGGAUUGGCGCAAAGUUUUCGAUACAUGAGGAAUAAACCCACUAUAAUUGCUUUCAAGACUCCAAGUCUAGAAAAAUAUGAAUUAGAAUCAGGCGAUAAAAAUACAAUACAAGAAUACAGAAGAAAACAGUCCAAUAAUUUAAGCACGAUUCAAUCGGCAGCAGAGGAGGGUAGAUUGCAAAUGAAAUUCGAAGAAAAUUCAAAAAAGAACCAUAACGAUAUUGAGUUUGACUCAAUUUCUCAUUCAGUGAACUAUACUGUUGGAAAACCAUUGGAGAUUUUCUUGGAUGGACCAUACGGAGCUCCUUCAAGCCAUAUAUUCCAAGCUCAACAUGCAGUUUUAAUUGCAACUGGAAUCGGAGUCACACCUUUUGCUUCCAUAUUACAGUCUAUCAUGCAUCGUUAUUGGAAAGCUAGACACACUUGUCCAAAUUGCAAAUUCUCGUGGGCUAGUGAAAUUCCUCCUACUGUGAUGCAUCUUCGAAAGGUUGAUUUCUUUUGGAUCAACAGAGAUCAACGAUCCUUCGAAUGGUUUGUAAAUUUAUUAUCUCAAUUGGAAAUGGAACAAGCAGAAUUAGGUGACGCCAUGGAACGUUUUCUUGAGAUGCAUAUGUAUAUUACCAGUGCUUUACAAAAAAGUGACAUGAAAGCUGUAACUUUACAAUUGGCUAUGGAUUUGGUUCAUCAAAUGGAAAAACGGGAUCUUAUAACAGGUUUGAAGACACGGACGAAUGCUGGCCGACCAAAUUGGGAUAAGGUGUUCAAACAUCUUCAGGAUCAGAAAAAAGGCAAAAUUCUAGCAGUUUCGUGCAUCAACCAAAUUGUCAUUAAUAUCAGCAAAAAAUUUAUCUGUCGUUCCGUCAUUACCAGAAAAUUUAACAAAAUGGCAUUUGACAUUUGAACGAAACAAAACAACGAUCGUCAAAUUAUUUCCCCAAAUUUAUAGUUAUCUUUAAAUAUUUUAAUAACUUCAAAUAAGUAAGAAUUUCGUAUAGUAUUUGCAUAAGGUACGUUUUAUAUAGCGUAUAUUUUGAAUAUUUUAAUUUUACAGAAUUAAAUCUUUUUUAAAGUGAAAUAUACGUAGAAAGCAAAUAAUGAAAAAAAGACAUAAAUAGAAUAAAAAUUGUGAAAUCAGCGCCAUCUCCAGAGUUGCAAAUGAAAUAUAAAAAGAUAAAGACAGAAAAUAAUGAGAGAAGGAUAGAAAUAGAAUAAAAAUUGACAAUCAGCACCAUCUCUUGAGCAGUAGAAAUAAUAUAUAAUUCAAAAGUAAGAUAAAUUAAAAUAAAAUUUGAAACUUAGCGUCAUUUCUUACAUAUUUUUUUUAUUUGUUUUUUAGCAAAAGCUGUUUUCGAUAGUAAUAAUAUUAAAAAAAAAAACAUUUCCAAUAAAAGUUAAAUAGUUUCAAGAUUUAAAGCAUUUUAUUAAUUUUUUUGUAAAUCGACGCAUAAAGAAUCUACAAAAGUUUAUUUAUUAUUUUUUUUUUAAAGUUUAAUUCAUUAGUUAACACAGAUUAAUAUUCUCUAUAAAAAACAUAACUUCAAUUAAAAAAUACUAUUUGUUGGAGCUCAAAGGAAAAAUAAAAAGAAUCAUCAUGUUUGGUUACAAUUAUUUAUUUUCAAUUGUCCUCUUCGGCUCCAAUACAUGAGAUACUUGAUAUAUAAUGGAUUUAGUAAUGUUCAAUAAAUACGAAGUACGAAACCUAUCUACGCUAAAUUCGUCUACGAUCGAUACUUUUCGUCAUAUAUCGUCGAUACAAAUAAAACGGUCGGUAAUAAAUUAUCGUAGGUAGGUAAGCGUUAUUUUUUUUUUUUAUUUUCAAUACACACACACUCUCUCUCUCUCCCUCUCUCUCAUUCUCUUUUUCUCUCUCUCUCUCUCUCUCUCUCUCGCUCUCAUUAUUAUUAUUUUAUUAUUCUCUCUCUUUCUCUCAAUCAUUACACAUAUAUCUAACACACAAUAAUUCGAAGCGUAAAACCUACCACGAAUAAAACAAAUCAUUUUUCUUUAAAAAGAUUCACAAUUAGAAAUCUCAUCGUGUUUUUUUUUUAUCUACCACUUCCUUAUUACAAAUUAAUCUUUUAACAAGGAAACGUUCAAGCAUCGAUGGGAAGACCGUAUAUGAACUAUGAAGGCGUUUGUUCAGACGAAAUCACGCGAAAAUGCGGAUCGUAAACUUUCGUCAUUCCUGAACGAUCUUAUCUAUCAUGAAAGUAUGUCGAGAAAGAAAGAGUAAAAAUGAAUAUACGACUAUUUCGAAACAAUUUACCCCGCAUCGUGCUACGGCCAUUUUAUUUUUCUUUUUUUUUUUCAAUUUUUUUUUCUAUUUAAGGUUCUUUUUGUUUUUUUUUUUUUGGUGACAAUCACAGCCCCACGUUGAACAGUUGAACGAAGAGAAGAGAAAGAAAUAGCGACAAAAAUGAUAGAGUGCUUAUUUUUUUCCUUUUUUCGUCUCUUAAUGGCAUUUGAUUUCUUGCCAUGCAAUUUCACGUUGGAAGCUGUUUCUUUCGGCUCGAUGUUAAUACAACAUUACGAGCACUUACAGAUUGCAAUAGAAAUUUUUUUUCUCAAGUUGAGUCAUGUUUCACGGUUAUGUUUACGAUGUGAUGAAUUAUUGAAGACAAUUGGAAGAAAUUAAUUGGAAAUGUUCGAUUUUGUUAUCGAUUCUUUGAAAACUUCUGAAAAUAAUUCAGAAUGCAAUGAAUCGAUUUCACGAAUUCCAUCCCUCCAAUAAUUCGAUCUAUUCAUCAUCCAUCCCUUAACGAUCGAAAAUUCGCUUGUAUUUCGUCAAUGUAAGAUUCACUCACGAGAUAUAAGAUUAGGACACUUUGCUCGGACAUGUAUAUAUUAAUAUAGAUAUUAAGAGAGAAAAGAUUCUUUGUCUCGAAAAAUCGUCGAAACGUGAUUUAUUUUACUUUUUUUUGUUUUUUUUGUUUUUUUGUUUUUCGAAAUGGAAGAUCGAUUCACAUGACUAGGGGUGAAAACAAUCGACGUGUACUCUUCGAUUCCUUCCGUUUCUAUUUUAAAUCACGCAUUUAGAACUAACGCUCUUCGUUGGAUUGUCAUUGGAAAUACGUUUGAAUACACAUUGUUUGUGUAUGAUUGAAAUGAAAGAAUAAUUUAUAAUUAACUUUUGGAAUACGAACUAUAAACUAUAAUUUUAUUCUUAAAAAUUUUUUAAAAAAUUAAAAAUGCUUUUUCUCUGUUUAAAAAAAAAAUUCUUGAGUUUCACGUAAUUGUUAUUCACCACUUGUCGCGAUUAAUAAUAUUACGUUUGUCGACGGGCUCGAAGUGGACAUUUGGUAAGAAAUUGAUUAGGCAAAGUUUGAAAAAAUCUCGAGGAAACACGUCUCGCACGACUUCUCUCAUUCUCUCUUUUUUUCUUUUUUUUUUCCUUUCUUCCUCUUUAGUAGAAUUACAAAUAGAGAAAAGAAGAUUCUGCUAUACGACUACGGUUCGUGCACAUUUACAUCGUGUUCUCAAUUGACCGUCUAGUGGAUACCGAAAUUUUUUGUCAGUCCCGAGAAAAAGUAAUUUUUUUUUGUUAUAUAACAGCUACAUUCAUGUGUAUACUUAUGUAUAUUCAUAUAUAUAUAUAAUAUUUGUAAAUCGCGUCGUGCAAUAAAUCGUUCGACGACUUUUAAAAUCGCGGGAAAUUGCAGUCGUGUUAGUUAUUUUUAACAUCGAUCAGUCGCAAUAAUAAAAUGUAGAAAAAUCUAUAUUUUAUUUCCUCGCGCUGAGUUCACGCACUGUAUAUAUAUAUGUAUAUAUAUAUAUAUUUUUUUUUCUUUUUCUCCUUUUUUAAAGAUUAUACAAGUAUAGCUUCGAAUAAAAUCGAUUCAGAGAUAAAUAUAAUACGAAUUAUUUCUUCUGGUGUACGUGUGUGUGUGUUGCAUUUUUUUUUUCUUUUUUUUCUUUAUCAACUAUAGAGAGAUAUCAAGAAUCAAAUCCGUGGAGGAUAUAUCAAGAAAAGAUAGAUCUAGCUACUAUCUAUUCAAUGAUCUAUCGAUGUUUUCUUGUCGAUAUUAUUUUAUAAUUACUAUAAGCUCAUAAAUAUACACGUGUAUAUAUACAUAUAUAUAUGUAUAUAGUAUUAUAGUUGAAGAGUUUUCGAAUGAAUUUUGUUUCGACGAAUGCGAUUUAUUACAGAGAGUUAUGAUUGAAAAGAGAGGAUCGAAUAAUUUCGUUUAUCAUCGUUAUUCAUUCUUUUGUAUUAAUUAAUUGUUUGUAUUAUCUAAUUAUAUGUAAUGGGGGAAUUUGUUUGCGUGAGAGGUUCUAUGAGCGAGAAGAAAAUUUCAGAAAAUUAAUAAAGUUGGUGUUAAAAUGGUGCGAUCUCAUGAUUUUCUAUUUCUUUUCUUUUCCUUUCUUUUUUUUUUUGUUAUAUGGAAGGAUUACGAAUUUUUUAUUCAUUUAAAAAUUUCUCUCUUUUAUCAAUUAAAUAGUAUUAAAUAGUUUGUUUCUAUUCGUUAGAAUACAAUGAUAGAUUAUAUAUUGAAUGUACGUACUACAAAAAUUAUUUCUAUAGCAGUGACUAGAAUAUUUUCGCGUAUUUCUUUCUUAAUAGACACUUAUUAUAUUCAUAAUUCAUAUUUUAAGUUAGUUUAAAAGAUUAUUUUGUACUUCUGUUAUUAAAAUUACGUUACGAAAUUCUUUUCGCUACAUAAUUUCCACUAUUAUAAUAAAUAAUGAAUUUUAUCAUAUCGUUUAUAAUUUCUUGAAAAAAGCAAAAUAUUUAUAGUUAUAUCUAUUGCAAUUAUUUAUUCGUUACUAAAAUUCUAAUUAAAGGAAUUUUCAAUACUUUCUCGAUACUUUAUGAUCAAAGUAAUUGAACCCUAAAGAUGGAUUAAAUCUAAAAACUACAUCGUUUCUUCCCCGUGAUUUUCAAUUUAAGAAAAAGAGAGAGAGAAAGAGAGAGAUAGAGAGAGAGAGAGAAAAGAAAAAGAAUACAGGCAUCGCACCAUUAACACCAACUUUACUUUCACGUCACCUACGAUCGAACAACUGUUCGACACAAGAAAAAUCGUCUUUAUACAUCCAGAAAAAUAUCAAAAAUCCCUUGUGUGAAACUUCGAUUAUUGACGAUCAUUCAAAAAUCGGUACAUUUCGAGAUUCAACGGCAUUGCGAUCAAAUAACUUUUAAAAAAUAUACACACGUUCCUGUUUCAUUUCAAGAUUUUCUUUUUAUUUUUCUUUCUUUUUUUUUUAUCUUUUUUUCUUUUUUCUUUUUUUUUUUCUUUUUUUUUCAUCGGGACCAAGUGUUCGCCAAAAUAGACGUGAAAGCAAUUACCCGAAAUUAUUGUCAUCGAUAUUUGUUCUAGAAUCAUUUCGACUAACGUAGGACCAACGGAUACGACGAAGCAUGAUAGUAUAUAUAUCUAUGUGAUCCACUAGAUUAUUAAAAAAUGGAAAGACUACGAUUGUUGAAUAUUGAUUGUUCGCGAUUUAUGACGCGAUCGCCUUGUGAACCGAUUUAUUUUCUCAAAUAUUCGAUCGUUUUGGCCGGAUUAGUUUAUUGAACGAGCGAAAUAAUGAUUAAUCGAAAAAAAAAAAUAUGCAACUCAAGAUUUAGAAUCAAUUUUCUGAAAAAAUUUUAAUUCUCACUUUUCUUUUUUACUAAAUUUUUACCAAUAAUCCUAAUCUAACUUACGAGUUGUCGAUUAUUAAAAAAUUAUAAUACGAUUUGAUUAAUUUUCUGGAAAUGAUUGGUAUUUUGUUAUCGGAUAAAACUGAAAAAUAAACACGUUUUAAGAAAAGGUAGAAAAGAUAAAAAAAUCUCACGAUCAAUCGAAUCCAAUGAAAUUUUUCGAAAAAACGAUCGAAUAUCUAAUCGUUCACUUUCCAAAACGGUACGAAUCACGUUUCUCAUUGCGGGUGUACAAUCGCAAAGCAGAUUUUUCCCCACCACCUUCCCUUUUCCUAUUCUUUCUUUCCUGUUUUUUUUUUCUUCCAAAUAAAAAAAUCCGAAGACAAUGAAAUAUCGAUCACCGAUAAUGUUAUUACACCACAGGCACGAAAUAGUCCAACCAACAGCAGUUGUUGUCGCUAUUCUUUUAAUUAAUUACGUAAUAAGUAUAUUAUGCACAUACGUCUAUAUAUAUAUAUAUAUUAAGAUUAACAUUACAAUUUGCACUAUGCGUACUUCGUUCUCGUUACCACUAACGCCGGUUACGUGUUUUUUUUUCUUUUUCUUUUUCCUCCUCCCCUUCCCUCUCUUAUUAUUUUUUUUUUUUUGUUUCAGAGCAUGAACAACAGCCACAAAGCGAACGUCGUACGAUUAUUACGUGCAUUUUUCUUAAUUACGCGUAUACAGGCAUGGUUUUUUUCCCCGCCCCCCCUUUUUCUAUUCUCGUAAGUAAAAAUUCUGUUUUAACGUUUAGAAGAAGAUAGGCACAAUCGAUGGCAACGAUCAGCUCUUGGAAAUAGCAUGCGUGCGUGUCUCGCGCGUUGCUUCGAUCAACGUGCGACAGUCAUUGUUGUUGAUCAUCUUUUUGUGGAAAAAAAAAAAAAAAAGAAAAGAAAAGAAAAAAAAAAGAAUAUUCUAUGAAAUUAUUCGAUCGAAAUUAAAUCGAGUAUUACUACGUUCACUUCUACUCGUAUCUAAUAUCGCCUCUCUUCUGUUUUUUUUUAUUUUUAUUUUUUUCUAAUUUACGCGACAAAAAUUUUCAUUCUUCGUUUCUCUUCUAAAAGAUUUCCACUAGAUUUUCUUUUUUCUAAUAAUCGUUCGAAUCGUUUUUUUUUUAUUUUCAAUUUUCUAUUUCUUAAAUAAUUUAGCAGCGAUCGAUGAUUGAAAAAUGUCUGACUGUAUAAUGUGAACGAUGUUCUUGCGAAAAGAGACUUCUCCUUUUUCUUUCGUUUUUUUUUUUUUUUUUGUUUCAGAGAUGGUGGCUAAGCUACGAAUUGAGGUAGAGUUAAAUAUGGUAAAUUCGAGAGACGAAUGAGUAAAUAAAAAAGAGUGGAAACUACGAUGUCGCUCUGGUGAAACGAAAAAUGAUGAGAUAUUUUUUUCUUUUUUUUUUUCUUGGAAUCGAAUGCCAAGCUUCCGGCGAUUAAUAACUAACCGGGGUAAACGCCAUUAACGAUCGUGGAUGCUAGCGUAUCGUCUCGAUAUUUCGUUUAAUUUUAAUUACUGUUACGAUAUACCUAAUGAUAUUAUCGAUAUUACGAUUACACUUAUCAACUGACCACUAUGCAACGACUAGAAUGAACUAUUACGUGUACUAUCACCACCUGUAUCGUAAUUUUAAUUUAAUGUUUCAAUACGAGAGAUGAGAACUCCGCUUCGAGUAGGAAACAACGAAGCCGAUCCUAGGCGAAACUAUGCUGCCAGAUCUCGAAGGUAUCGAACCUUGAAUCGAUUUCGAAAUUUCAAUUUUCUAUAGGCGAGCAAACCUUUAUCUUUUUAUUUUUUUUAUCGUUGGAGAAAUAUUAUAGAAAUUGAAAAUGAUUAAACGAACAAUUGUAUGAACUUGUUGAUAUUUAUUUUGAUCCUAAAGUAACGAGCGAAUUUUUUCAGAUUCUCUUCGAAAGCCUAUAAUAUAUAGGAACCAAUCUUCCAGUAGAAUGCAAGAAAGAUAUUAUUUGUCUAUGGAGGAUCGAAAGAUUUGUGGAAGAAUUCACGAAAUGAAGAAUGGAAACGAUUUGAAUCACCUAAUUUGAAACAUCGUGAAAACAUUUUAUUUUCCAUUAGACGAGAAGAUUUGCAAUCUAUUGCACAAACAUCAUCAAGGAUGAUGCUUGGUCGAAAGAUGGUCAAAUAUAUAUUUAUCCCUUUACACAAGAUUUAUGGAAUAAUCCAAGUAUCCAAAAAUAUCGAUGCUUCUGGAAUCAUUAAUCUUGUAUCCUUUUGUUUCAAUUCCAUUCGUCAGAGACAGCGAAUCGAUGCGCGCGAAAUAUAUUCGUUAAAUCUAAAGAUCCCGUCUUUUUUACUAUAAUCAGAACUUAAAAAAAGAAAAAGAAAACACACACGCACACACACACACACAUACGCAUUUCAGGAUGAAACGAAUCAAUCAAAUAGAUAAAUCGAACAAGGCUUGCUAAAUUAGUUUUUUCCUUACGAUAACUAAUCUACCAAUCACUACCAAUUACUAUCGAACACUUUGACACUUAUCUUAAACAAAUCAUCAGAGACCUGACCACCCAGUUUCGAGAAUCGUUUCUAUCUUCUCACUGAAUUAUCAGCGAUACAAUAUUCCUUCUUUUUCUUCUUUUCUUUUUUUGGAUGAAACGAGAAAAUUCAACGACUUACGGUCGAAACUCACACCCUUCCUUACAAAAUACAUUUGUGCCGUUUUAUACAAAAGAACUUAAGCUUAUCCCCUUUAACAAUUUGACCGAACUCUAUAAUAAUAAUAAUAAUAAUAAUAAAUAAUAAUAAUAAUAAUAAUAUAUACUUCUAAAGAUCGCGGUUAAAGUAUGAUACAGAGUUUGUACAAACGCGUCGCGCACAACUUAUCAUAACAACGUCGGUUAUUAAAUGUCUUCCUGCGAGGUUACGCGUACGCCAUCCGCGUAAUCACACUCUAGGAACAUCUCGAGGAUCUUGAUCGACGUUUCCUCAUCGAUUAGAGGCGAUUUUCGUCGCGCUGUGAACAAGUUAAUACCGCGUACUUACAAUACAGAUUCGAGAGGACAUAUCGUCGGAGUUGUACGAUUGUUCGUACAGAUUUUUCUUGCAAUCGUCAAUGCAUUGUAUAAUCGUUGAACGAUCGAUGGAUACGAUCGUUCACGGAUUUUGGAAAUCGGCCGAUUUCGAUCAGAAGAAGUGGGCUACGGAUGACCCGUAUGCACGUAAUGGAACGAAAAUGGACGACACGGGCAGCCGAGAAUCGAAUCGAAAUGUAAUCUUAUCGUUAAAAAGUGAAGCUUGGAAGCCGAUAUAUUUUAUACGACGCGAUAAUAUAUAUUAUCGAAUAUUAUCUGCAACGUGACACGUGAUGAGGAUCGAUAUCAUCUAUGAUAUCAUCACUUUUAUCGUUAUCGAAAUUCUAAGAUCAUCAUAUACAAAAAAAAAACGAUUUCCGACAAUUGUAUCCCAUUUACGUCCAUGGCCGUAUCAAUAUUUUAUACGAUCUUCCUCCGAUCGAUGAGGAAGAGUCGAUCGAUACAUCCGGUUAUAGAUUAUUAUAAUGAAUAUCGUUAUUGCAAUGACUAUACUAUUUAUUCCUCACGAACAAAACCUCACGACUUUGCAAAUCAUCGACCACGUAUAUCUACGUAUAUCUAUUAUAUUCGCAUAUAAUCCUGUGUGUGGUCGGUACAGUAUUACAUUCUUUGUGCCAACUCUGUAUAUAAUACAUAUACAGAAUCGAUCCUCUAUAUAUAUAUAUAUAUACAUAUACAUAUAUAUGUGUAUAUAUAUAUGUAUAUAUAUCUACACACAAACACACACACACAAACACACACACACAUAUUUGUAAGUACGAGAAAUGCAUGACUGGUCGACGUUUAGCUCGCGUUAUACUUAAUAUGGCUCUAUGUACAUACGAUUCUUGCGGUUUUUACUUGUCGCCUGUUGAACGCACAAGUUCAACGUAUUAAUUAAUAUAAGUAACGUUUACGAUCGUUUAAUUCGUUUAAUUUAUAUGAUGAAAUGACUUGACCCGAAAGCGUGAUUAUACUUUUUUUCCCCCCCUUCUAAUUAUUCUUAUUUUAUUUAUUUAUUUACUUAUUUACUGUCUUUGGAUUUGGCUUCGCUCUAGUCGUCGAAUUUGUCCCGUUCAAUUUGCGACCAGAGAAUUUGUAUUCGUGGAAGAUCACGGGGACGAUCGUUCGAUCGAGCGGAUCCAAUGAAAUUAUUGCCUGUGACUUCCGGUCAUUAUUCAACCGUUCUCGCGCACUACGAAGAACACUUAUUGCGAUAUAUCUGGAUUAAUAUUUUUAUACGAAAUACAGUUGUCCAUUAAGUUACUCACGGAUCGAAGAGUUUGAAACGAAUGCGAUUUUUCUCAUCUUGGAGAGAAUUCUGGAAAAUUUAAAAUAAUGUUUUCAAAUUGAUCAUACUGUAUCUCGCGUACAAAAAAGAUAAUCCAAGAUUGCGUUCUUCGUGCACAUCCUCGCGGUAUAUCGGUAUUAAUAUAAAUCGAGUCUCGAUGUUUCUUAGAUAUUCUCUCGUGUCAUCGAGACAGGACGAACGUUCGAUAAUUUCGUCAGCGGUUUCAAAGACGACUCUGCGCGAAUAUUUCAAUUGCGCGUGUUAAUUUUGUGGCACCGUGAAGAAAGUUUCUCCUCUAAAAACCUCUGUCCAGUGUGGCUCGAAUCGAUCAAACGAAGAUAAUUCAUCGAGGAGAAUUGAAGAAAAAUUUUGAAAGGAGAAGGGCACUCGUUUCACCGAGUCGAGCCAAGCAACGAGAUUCCAACGACACGUAACGGAGCUCGAGCCACGAGAUUUCGGACAGUGAGUGUCAUGGUGUCUUUGCCACAAAGUACGUCCCUGACCGCCCUGCUGCCGCCCCCAGGUCACCCUCAACGGACCGCCUCCUGCCCCGUUCAAGCCUGUGUGCUCUUUGCGUUUUUCCAGUCGAGCCGCAGAAAAAUAUUUCUUGCUUGCAGCGUACUUUUGCUCCCCGGCGUGUGUAGCGAGUGCAGAAAGCGAAAGAUGAUCUGAUUCGCGUGAAAGGAACAGCCUCUCCAUUCUCUUUUUCCGCGUGGAAUUCGAUCACUGUCGGUCAAAUUCGAUCCUCGGCGAGGAAAGUCGAAGAGAGUGUAUUAUAAUCUUGUUUCCAAAUCGUGCGAUUUUUAACGCAAAAGGAAAUCGUUUACUUGGCUCUCUUCAGCUCCCUGCGAGAUAAAAAUUCUCGAACCAAUUCUCGAAUUCAAGCUAAUCGGUUUCAUUUUCAUUCCUCCUCGAUUCGUUGAAACGUUUGUGUUUCUUCGAAGUGGUUCGCCCUCUCGAACGGAUCCAAUUCCACGCUCGCAUAGCAGACGUUCGAUUAAUAAGCAAGUAGAUAGAUAGAAGUGUUGAUUAUUUCGCCGGAUGUUAAAUAGAUAUCGAUUAAUUGCUGGAAUAUUCAAAGCGAGUCUCGACAGCACGUUUCGACGAUAUGCGUGAAUAAAUUAGCGAAUAAAUUACCGAAAAAUAUAUGUAUAAUAAUAAUAUUAAGGAGAAAUAUUAUCACGGAUUAGUUUGAAGAAUCGAGAAACUCGAUCUCUCUCUUUAUACAAAAGUUUUCGAGCGAAAUAAUCGAGCGACGAAACGUGCUGCACUUUUUUCUUUUUUUUUUUUUUGCUCUGCCGCUAUGACAAUCGCGUUCAAUCUUGCGUCGUAUGGAUCGUUGCUCUCUACGUUUCGACGAAAGAGCCUGUUGUAAUAAAAAGCAGCGUAAAAGCGAUUCUUAAUUAGCCGUUUCCCCGUUCGCAUCGCAAACGUCCAUUUCUUCUUCGAUAUGGCUGCCAUUAUUGCCAUUGUCAAUUCGAAAUUUGAUCGUGCAAAUUUAUAAGUCCCUCUUGGAAAGUAUUUCUUUACGAUUCCACUUUGCUCGGAAUUGCAAAAAGAAACACGAUGGCGCAAAAAAAAUAUCCGAAGCAAUGUUAAAAAACGACAAAUGUUGGCAUCGAAGUAUCGCAUAGAUAUUUUUACACGAAUACCUGGAAACCAAUAACCAGUCCAAGAGAUUUACGAGCACGAUGAAAUUCCUCCAAAUAUGAAGAAUCAGCAUUCUUAUUAGAUCGAUUUUCGAUAUUCGUGCUCGAAGCGAACACGAUUUCUUAAACAGAAUUGUUGAAACAAAAACUUGUUUGAAAAAGUUGAAAGGAUAUUUCACUCGUUGAAAAAAAAAAAAAAGAAAAAUCGACGUUUCGAAACGAAUAAUAAAAGCGAGCGAGAAGUAAAAUUUUAAUCUUCGACAAAGAUGGAUCAUGCGUGUUAGAAUUUUUCAUGGCGCACGAUUUGACGCGUGCGUUUGUUCUCUUUCUUUCUUUUUGUGCAAAAGCGUGCCUAAACAUCUCGUCAUGUUCUCCCCUUUGUUUCGUGUCAUGCCCCUAUGGCAGUCACAAGAAGCAGUCUUCGAACCUCGCUUUCACACGAGCGUGGUUGUGACUCGAGCCGAGAAGCCCCGUUAAUAUUCAUUUUUUUUCUUUUCUUUUUCUUUUCUUUCUUCCUUUCUAUUGUAUUGAGCAACGCAUAUAUAUAUAUAUAUUUAUAUAAUUUUAAAACGUGUACUAAUCUCGCUGGGAUAGCAGCUUGUGCUCGAAGCAUGUUUAUCGAAGAAACGUACACGUCGAUAAUAUUCUAAAUUUAAAAUGCCUCGUUUGAAAAGCAACGUUUCCUCGUCUCAAAGUACGAAACGUCGUUGGAUACAAAUUGAAGUGUGCUUUUUUUUUUCUGUAAGAAAUUAUCGCGCUUCGAUCCGCUUAUCAUCUAAGGUAAAUUCUUAGUUAAAUCAGGAAGCCAGUCGAUUGGCCCUGUAGCACCGAUAAUACGAUAGACUUUAUCCAUACUUUCGUCCCCUCGUUCAUUUAACGAAAAUUACAUUUAUUUUGCGCUCGUGUUUCGCCGCAUUUUCGAGAGAUGAACGAGAUACCGGAAUUGAAUUCGUUUCUGCUCCGAUUACGAUCAGCAGCAGAUGAAUAUUUUCAAGUUUUUGAAAAGUUUCGAACAUUCAUCUUCUUUGUUAUUGCAUUUUUGCAAAUCGGAAUUACGGAAUUAAUCCAUUGAAAUGCAACGUUACUUCGAACUUUCCUCUUCGAACAGAUUUUUCUUUUUCUUUUUUAAACGGAAUUGAUCCAUUGAAAUGCAACGUGACCCAUUCAAAAUUAAUAAGAUCUCGAUUUUAUCGGCAAGAAACAUAUUCAAAGAUGAAAAAAUCAUCAAUUAACAAACAAAAUCUCCAACGGGAACGUCGCGAGUCAGGGGAUUAAAAAAAGAAAAAAAAAAUCGAAACGAGAUAGAAAGAAGAAAAAUCUCGUGCUCGAAGAACGAAGUGGGGGGAGCGAGACGUGUACGUUUCGUUGGGGCAGGCGAGGGUUCUUCCUAGAAAAGUAGAAAGGAGACCCGGGUGCGGCGAGCGUCCCCCUUGGCCCGUCGGGCCAUCCCAAACUGUCAGACGGACGGGUCGCUGCCGGGGGCGGAGCCCGUCUUGCUGCCGUCGACACCAGCACCGCCACCGUCGCCGUCGGCGCCUGCACCCUCUCCGCCCCUGUACGGCGAGCCGCCGGCCCCACGCGCCGACAGACCUCGGAAAUCCAGGUUGUACUGGAAAAGAUCAGGCCCCAGAGAUUAUCGAGGGUUCACCGAUGUGAUCGAUGCUUCUUCGAAGGGGAAGGAGAAAGAAAUUUGGCAAGAAUAAAGUUACUUUUUCGCCGUUCGAUGCGAAUCGGAUCGAAAAUGAAUUAUCCGAGCAACUUUAUUCUUAAUUUCUUCGAUCGCCGAUUAUUGAGUAUCAAUUUUGGCAAUCAUUUUAAAUUGAAUGAGGGGGUUAAGGAGAGUGCGUUGAUACGUUGGACGAGAAUAUUUGGAUUAUUUUUCAGAUAUUCGAUAUUCAAAUUUUGUUUUCGUGUGUUGAUUUUUUUUUUUUGGAUAGAAAUUGAAUUUCAGAAAGAUAGAAUUGAUGAAUUAUACAUAUUAUUAUAGGAGCAAAAGAAUCACGAAUCGUGAAAUUCGAACGAUCAUAAUUUCAAAAUUAUCAAAAUUUUCGAAAUAGAAUUAAUGCUGUUCAAAAGUGCGAUAUUUGCUCUUCGAUACUUUUUUCGAUUCACAUCGAUAUCUCUUUUUGUCCCCAAGAUAUCGCUGUUUGAAGCGAAACGUAAUUUUCCAUACGUUUAUCUCGCUGUCUUUGUCUCAGGUCUUUCAUUCAACCCCAUUCAUUGAUUCCGUCCCAACUUUGUCACUAGCUAGUGUUUUUUUUCUUUUACUAUCGCUCGUACGCAAUUCUAGGAAAAAAUGGGGACACGCGAUUCUAUUAUUAAACUUCGAAGUUUUGUUGAAAGUUUGUACGAAAUUUUGAGAAUAGAUUGAAAUAUCGAUGUGAAAUAAAAAAUAUCGUAAAGUGCGCGCAUUCCUCUAUCCCCUGAGUCGAUUAUUAUAUUAUAUUAAAAGUUAUAAUAAUUUCUAUUCAAAUUUGAUUGAUUGAAAAUAUUUUCGUCCAACGUAUCGAUAAUCUGUUUAAUAAUUAAUUUAAAUUAUUUUUCAAUCGAAAAAAUGAAUUAGUUGAUUGUCGCAAUUGUUAAUGAGAGACACUUAUCGUGAAAGAUGAAAAUUGUUAUACUUGGUCGCACAAAAAUUGUUGAACUCGGAGGGGAAAAAAAAAUCCAAACAUCAUACAAAUCGUCAUUCUAAAAUUAUUGAAAAUUAUUUUAGUAUCACAUCGAGGAAUAAGCGUUAUUAAAUAUUUUGCUGCUUUCGACAAAUUAAAAAGUUAUUUGAGAUUAAUUGAAAAAAAUAGAAAGAAACGAAUAACAAAUUAUUCGUUUCGAAAUAUGGCCCAUUCCUGUAAAGAUAACUGUAAAAAAAACCAGUAAAAACCAGAUUGAUUAAAUCAGUUUCCUCUUCGUGCCAUGGAUUACAUUGUUGAACAUUGUCAAGAUGUACCUUGUUAUUAAAGCUCGUUCAUACUCGUGGAAAAAAAUGUCUGCAAAAGUGUGAUAAGAAAAAGAAGAAGAAAAAAGAAGAAAAAACUCUUUAGCCAACUUAUUAGAGCGAUAAAACAAAGCCUACGCGUAAAAUAUGCAUCGUGUGAAAUAAAAGAAAGGAAAAAUGUUCCAAGACGAUCGAUCAAACCAAAUGGAUCUCAGAAAAUUUAAUUCUCAACGAUAUUUAUAAUUUUCAAUAUAAUAUUCAACGUAUUUACAAUUGAUAAUUGGAUUUUUGAAAAAGAUGAAUGAAAAGCAAGAGAUCUAAAAAGUUGAAAUUGAAAUGGAUUCCUUACUUGGAAUUUUUUAUACAUGAAUAAUAAAUUUUUGAAAUAUCGAGAAAAAAAUAGCGAAAUUUAUAUCGCAAUAAAAGUUCACACAAUUUUAAUCGUCUCGAUUUCGCUAAAAAUUCAAAGACAAGAAAAUUCGAUCGAUCGUGAUGAAGGAUCAAGAGCGAAGAAUAUAAAAGCGGAGAGAACAAGAAACAAAAAGAGAGAACAAAACGAAAAGAAAAAGGGUUGGGAGAGGGAGAGAGAGAGAGAGAAAAAAAAAAGUAAAACGAAAGUCGAACCUGUGCAACGUAAAGAGGCAACGCUUCGCGUUGUGGCUUCGCGUGAAGAGCGCACGUUGGCGGUGCAACGAAAGUCUGUGUUAUCUCGGCAGAGUGGCGUGUCUUAGGUGCUGCAGCUGUGCCUGUUGCAGCUGCAGCUGCAACAAUUGUAGAUUCUGCAGGCAAUAGGGAGCCUGCGGCCCGCAACUGGGAGUGGACGUGAUCGGUGACGAGUAUGGAAGGACGGAAGGAUGGACGAAGGACGCCGUGUUCCUCGUCGCCGUUGUGGGAGUUGUGUUGUUUGCCAACGUGUUGUUGUAAUUGAACAAUUGGGAAAAGUUGAAGUUUGGACCUCUCAGAAUGUUGUGCAAUUGGGCGGAUGUGAGGGGAUGGGGUUGCACGUAGGGACUGAUGGACGGUAGCAAUUGGGGGCUAACCGGGUACAAGCAAUCCUCUUCGGCUAGGCCAGGCACCGUUGGGCUCAGCUCCACGUACUGCGGCAUCGUGACAUUGUGCUAUUCGACGGGUGCAUGGAAGGAUAUAUGUAGAACACUUGACGACUCUAUGCGCGCCUCUGCUCACCCUCCCCGAAUAUUUCCCUCUUGUAGAGAUAAACUCGAAAUUUUUCCUCGAUGGGAUCGUUCUUGAGGUGUUUUUCGUACGUUCGAAUAGAAAAUUUCCAUGAUUAUAAAAACUGAGAAAUGAUUUUGAUUACGAGAUUUUUUUUUUGGAAAAAAAGGAGGAAAAUAGCUAUCGAAUUGUUAAAUAAUUUGUAUGAGAAAUAUUGGGAGAGAGAGAAACGAUCUUUCGUUACUUAAUAAUAUAACAUACGUGAUACUACUUAAAUUUGCUUAAAAAUCGAGAUAUGUCAUCUACUGUAACGAAGCUAGCUACGAUAAAAAAAUACCUCCUCCGUUCGAUCAGCUUUAACUUUCGAACAAAGAAAAAUAUUUAAGUAACUCUCCCCGCAUGGUCGUUAAUAAAUCUACUUUUUAAAAAACAACAAAACAACAAAAGACUGAAUAAUUCUGCCUUUCGAGCAAGAAAAAUAAAAAAAAAAGAAAGGAAGGAAAAAAGAAAAAACGUAAAAAGUGAAAAAUUCUAAACAAAAGGCAAAAUUGUGAAAUCGAAAGAAAAUAUUGAAUGCGACAUCGACAUCGUUUUUUCCCCGUGUUGUGUGGAUUAAAACAAAAAACGUGAUCAACGUAUCUUACCUUUGUAGCGCAGACGAAACACGUGGUGACCACUUUCGAAAUCACGUUCAUUAAAUUUUUAGUCUCUUGUAUCACGUUGUCGACUUUUGUAAAAGUGGCCGCCUUUCCGACCGUGGGGUUCUUCACGGUGAAUUGAAGCUGUUGGACGUACGUUGGCACACGAUCCAGAUUUUCCAAAAGUUCUUUCUUGUGCGGGCCACCUGGUACCUGUACCCAUACAACAUCGUAUACAAACUUACGUCUUUAACCGUGUCGCAAGGCAAACGUGCUCGUGAAUUAUUUUUCAACGAUUUUUAAAAACGUUUCGAAUAAUGUAUAAAUCUCUUCGUUGUCUAUUUUUAUUUCCUUUGGAUUAUUUUAUAAUUAUUGUUAUUACUUGUAAGUGUAUAUAUUAUUCGUAAGUUCAUAUCGAGAUAUAUUUUCGAAAAUUUAAAAAUAGAAGAAAAAUUUAAUCGCUUUCGUUUAAUCGCAUAAAUUUAUAUUGGAUGUUGUUUCUGUUGGUUCGAAGUUGUUGCUGUUGAUGGUGGUAAAUUAAAUUUUUUCGUUCUUUCGAGUAAUUAAUCGAAUUGGACGAUCGUUUUAAUUGAAGGAUUCUAAUCGAUAAAUUUUCUUUUUUUAUAUAUUUCUAUAUAGCUUAUUCCUGUAUGAAAGAAUCGUUGAAGAACACCAAUCACAUUUGCCCUGCGAUAUGCAAUGUUUUACAUAUGUAGCGUAUUCGAAUAACUCUUUAAAGCAAUGCCUGAUUCUAUUAUUAUUUUAUUGAUCGACUAGUAAGAAAGUAGUACUUUGAAAUACGUAUGUAUAUAUAUAUAUAUAUAUAUAUCUUGGAUACUUGUAAAAAAUUGCAUCUAAUAAAUUAAGAAAAAAAAAGUAUAUCUUCUAUCCGUCCUAAUGAAACACAAUGCAAGAAGUUUGAAAAGAAAGUGUUAGUUGUUCGAGAAUAUUAGAGAGUGACUGUGUGAAUGACAGUGAAUUAGUACAGACCUUGCUGUUUUUGCUAGCUUCUCGCUUCACUAUUUAUUUCAAACUUACGCAUAAAACGUUUUUCCCAAACAAUUGCAGCUAAAAUGAAUCUUUGAAGCUUAAAUUUUUUGUAAGCUUUUUAUUUUAAUUCAAAACAAUCGUUUGUAACAUUCGUUUGUUUUAGAAUUUUUGUUAACCAGUGUUUAAAUUAAAACGAAUCUAACUUCUAUUUUUUUCUCAGAAUUAAAUGUUUGAGAAAUUUAAAAGAUAUUCAUUUCCUUAUGGAUAUUGGAGAGAUAGGAUAAAAUUUCAUUUUAGCUGAUUUCCCGAAUGAUAAAGAAGAAUAGUGAAAUUUGAAGAAGCUUGCAAAAACUGAGACAUUAAUAGUCAUGCCCCAGAUAGUGGAAGGAGGGGGACCACAAUGCACAUAGACGUCGUCCACAGACGGAAGCAUUCCCGUAGCAUCUAAAACACACCUUACUAAUCGUACACAAAAAAGUCGUAAAUGUACGUACACAAAAUAGAUUUUACCAACAAAAUAAUGAUCAUAGUUGAUUUGGUGGUGUGGAAGGUGAAUAGAAUAGAACGGUAUAUGUCUAAAAAAAAAAGUAGUAUCAAAAUGACAGUAGUUAGAGUAUCUUGCUGUAAAACUGACCAACGUGAUUAAAAAAAUAAUUCUGGCUACUUGAUCGGAUUAUUAUAAAUUCUUACAUAAGCUUUCUUAAUUAAUUUUUAAACUUGAUUUAUUACACUGUAUAUACAUAUCUUUUAAGUAUCGAAAUAUCUUCUUUUCUUUUCUUUUAAUUGAUGCAUUCUUCAUCGUUUCAAGUUUCUGUCAUAUGAAACUUGACACAAGAAGAAUAAUAUAAAUAUUUUGAUGAUUGAUCGUUCAAGUAUUUCUAUCUUGUUAUAGAAAUGAUUAUUUUUCAAUUAGCCAACGAAUACUGUUCAUAUAUAGAAUCGAUCGAUUGCCUAGUGAUAAUAAUUUACUUUUUAUUGCCAUAUAAGUCAGUAUGAGAAAUGGAAAACGUCGCUCUUGGUGAAACGUGCUCUCUUCAUUGGAAGAAGGGAAUAAAAGAAAGAAGUAUAUGUACAAUUAACACUACGCCAUUCAAAGUAACGACUGUUUGAGAUGAAUCAUACAACAGGUGUUCAAACGGUCUUGCAUAGCAACAUUAAUUAAUUAGUUUGCAUAUGUGGUAUUAAAUAGUAUAAUGUAUAAGAAGAGAUAUAUGUAGUAGAGUGAUGUAGUAUAUAUAUAUAUAUGUAAAAAAGAGAAAUGAACAACAUUUAACAGCAACUGGUUAAAAAAUGAUUUUCGCAAGAGCGGUAUAUAUAUAUAUCAAUGCAAUGAGAGAACGAUCUGUACAAGGCGAAUCUCUAUUAGCCCAACGAGGGUCUAAAGUAAAGAGAGAAAGAGUUACCUGGAUGGAGGCAUUCAAAGAGCGAGGGUCAAAAAAAGGGUAUCAUAAUACAAGAAUAUAUUACAAGGUUAGCGUAUCUCUUUUUUUUUUUUUUUUUUCAUUUCUUUUAAGAAGAGUAUAGAAAGAUCAAAA